AUGGCAGCUAAUAAAGGUAAUACACCACAACAGAAUGUACAUGAAGAACAAUUAUUACAACAAAUUGAUAAAUUACAAUUGAUCAGUAAACUGAUUGCAUUUCGUCUAUCAAAAUCAGAAGAAUUUAAUAAAAAAACUGAUGCAGCUUUGAAAAAAGCUCAACAGUCAAAAGGACAAUUAAAACAACAAACUAAUGAACUUGUUGAUGAUAUGGAAAGUGUUGUCUUAUCGAUUGUCACAUCGUUGAAAUCAUUUCAAUCAGAGGCUAGAGCAACAUUAUAUAGUUAUCAAUCACAAUUACAAAAUUCACAAAAAGAAUUACAUGAAGCUAAAAAUACAAUACGUCAAUUGAAUGAGAAAAUUGAACAUUUAGAAACAUUAUUGUUGGAAAAUAAACGUUUAUUUGAAGUGAAUUUACAAGCUAUACAUAUUACAUAUGUAAAUAUAAUGGAGCAUAUAUUUGAAAAGUUACAAGAAUUAAUUUUAAGCGAUUUAAAUUUAUUAGAACAAAAAAAUGAUGCUAUUCAUGCAGAAUAUAAAAAUGCAUUCAAAUUAUUAGGUUUACAAUGUACAUUUCAUGAUAUUUAAUCUAACAAGUAUUCAUC